AUGAGCAGUAAACUUGAGAAUGGAGUAUUCAUUUACCAAAAAACAGAGCACACAGACAUAGUUGAACGAAGCAACAAGAUGGGUGUUUUCUUUUCACAAUUUGAUUUCACAACAAAAUGGAGUAUUUAUUUUUGUUGGAGAAGAAAUUUUGGAGUUAAUUGGUGGACUGAUCUUAUCUAUUGUUCUAAAGCACGGGUUUCUUUAAUUUACCUUUGCUCUCUCCGCUUCACUCACAGAGGCAUUUCAUCGAACAGGUCGUGUUCUAUACCAAAGGACACCAUGGACGUCGAUUCGCAUCAGACCAUGGAGGAAACUAUAUUGGUGGGAGAUGAUUUGAUGAUCGGCCCACCAUCACCACUCAUUCCACCUCAAAUAACAUCUCACGUGCUCGAAGGCGUUGAUUUGUGUGAUGGGAUUUUGAGGAACCUAUUUUUAUGUUUACAAAUUAAUGAUAUUGAGCCAUUUUGUCAAGAUGAGACUGCACUAUAUAGAAAGUGUGCAGAGAGAAGGGAUAUAGAACUAAGACAACGCCUUCAAGAAAUUGGAAUCAGAAGUCACAUUGCUGGAGAGACUGAAGAAUUUCUCGCUGGACUUAGCCUCUUGUCAUGCUAUGAUAUUAUUGAGGAGUCCUUUGAAUACAUUAUAAAGCAGCUUUCAAAAAUGCAAAAGUCAGGAUUUUCUGUCCAUUUGCUCGCUCUCUCUGUCCAUCAGAAGGUUGCUGAACUUGAAACAAGCAGCAAAAGUUGGUGCCUGACUGCCUUGCCAAGCUCCAUGGAGAAUUUAACAGAAACGGAGGAUCAAGUGUGGGAUGAACGUUAUAUGAUAAGCGUAUGUGUCCUUCACUCCAUUAUGAUCGAUCAUCUAGAGGAACUCAAUUUCAUAGAUUUUUCAUAUCGUUUGAAAAAGAAGAUUCCAAUAAUAAUGGUAAUGGAAAGAGAAACAUGGAAAGAGGAGAACAAGUCAAUUCGUAGUGCUGUUGUUGAUUUCUUUGACUAUUGUAGUUUUUUGAGACCGGGUUCUAGGUUGGUAGAGCGGUUUCAUAUUUUGAUAAUGGUUAUGAUGAGGGAGAUGCAUCUGGGAGAUGUUGUCGUCUCAAAAUUUUGUGAUUGGAUGUACAGCGUAGAUGUACAAGAACUUCAAAAUUACCGCUCAAUUCAGAAUUUGUUUGACUUCGUGCGAGGUUUUAAAUAUGUGGACCCAGAGGAGGUGGAGCGGAGGAGGAGGGAGGAGGAGGAGAGGAGGAAGAGGGAUGAGGAGAGGAGGGUGGAUGAUGGGGGAGGAGGAGUUUUGGAGGCAGGAAGCAGAUCUCAGGAAAAUGAGGAGCCACAGAUUCCUUAG